AAUGAGCUCUUGCUGCCCUUGUGACUCUCUGGAAGGGUCAACACAACCCAUGCAAAUCCCCCCAAAACGUCUCAUUUAAGCAAAAAGUGUUUUUACGCAAAGGCCCUGCAGGAUUUCAGUAGUCACUGCUCCUUCUGCUCCCGUUCAGCCAGAAGACAUCUUCAGAUGAAUUCCUGGUGUCUCCCUCUGUUGCUGGCUGUGCACACAGGCUUCCUACUUCAGCUUCAAGGUGGCGGCAACAAUGCCCUAUUCGACCCCUGCCUUCAGUAUACAUUGCUUAAUGACUCCUGGCGGAACAAGGACUUCAACUCAUCCACCCUUGCCGUGUACAAGUGUGACGACGCCCUCUCCAACAAGUGGCUGCGCUUUGUGGGGAUUGCAGGUGACAUCAUGGUGCAGAAAAACGUCUCGGAGUAUCAUAGCGGCACCCAGUGCUCCAUCUACCUGAACUUCAUUCAUCCCGACACUGUGUAUGAAACCCUGACAGGCAGUGCUUACUGCCAGUGGAAAGGAAAUGCACAGUACGUACAUUUCAUGAAUGUUAUGGAGACGGCCUGCUUUGGAGGCUUCUACGUCUAUAUGAUACCGGAGAUACUCUGCACGGACAGACUGUACACUGGCAUCUCUCUUAUGCACAGCUCCUGCCAGGGGAACCCCUGCGGCCCCAACGCCACGUGCCUGACCUCCGGAGGCUGUGUCUGCGACAGUGGGUUCAACCGCCAGGACAACACCGAUCCCACUCCAGAGUCCUACGGCUGUAUAGAUAUCGACGAGUGUACAAAAGAGCCAGGUAUCUGUGGCAGCAACACUGUGUGUACCAACACCAUCGGAAACUACACCUGCUCCUGUGAGACUGGCUUCUUCCCCUCUACUGGGACGGUGUGGGAUCUUGGGACUAUAUGCAUUGACUUGCAACAGAAAAUUAACUCAUUAGCUGUUCAAGAGUCCCAAAACUUGAUGACCACUCUCAGCAAUAUCAUGGAGGACUUGGAGAACAGCCCAGACUUGGUUAUCCCAGAAACAGUUGCCAUAGACAUCCUGACGACAUUGGUCAACUUUGCAGGCAGGCUAGUGAAUAUGACAGUGCAGCAAGACACUGCGGAAAUUGGCAGCCUUCUGCUGAAGAUUUAUGAAAAAUUUCUCUUGUUCUGCGUGGAAAACACCCAAAACAACUACACAGCAAACGUGGUGACGCCCGAAUUCGAGAUUUCCAUCAUGGCUGUUGGACCUGGGUCACGCUGGCGUCUGGGUGCAGCCCCUGUGCUAAGUGCCAGGCACAACACGAUGGAAAUCGAUAUUUCAAGUAUAGCGAAGAAGAACAACGGGUCGGCGGCGGCCGUGCUGAUGUCAGUCAGCGGAAUGGACACACUCUUAAGUGGCUCUUCUGCUACGAAUGACACCAAGGUCUACUCUGAUGUCACCAUCGCCCUCGUCCCACGGGUGAACGGCAGCAGACUUCCCGAGUCUGUCAACUUCACAUUUCAGCACAAGCAGGAGCCUCCUAAGGAUGGCAGGCUGACCUGCGUCUACUGGGAGGACCGUGGGGGCGUGCAGCGAUGGUCCACAGAGGGCUGCGUGACGCUCGGCUCCGUCAGCAGCCACACUGCCUGCAGCUGCAGCCACCUCUCCACCUUUGCUAUCAUCAUGCAGACGGGACAGGAUCAGGGGGGUGUAGAUGAGGAGGACCCCAUCCUGACCUGGCUGAGCCCGAUCUGCAUGGGCGUGGGCAUGAUCUUCCUGAGCCUUGCUGUUCUCAGCUUCCUCUUCUGCAGCUGGAACCCCAAGGUGAACAACACAGCGCGCCUUCACCUCAGCCUGAACCUCCUCCUGGCACACCUGCUCUUCUCGCUGGGCAUAAACCGCACGCAGAACCAGCUCGUGUGUGCCAUCAUAGCUGGGUUGCUGCACUAUGCCUUCGUGUCCAGCUUCGUAUGGAUGUUCCUGGAGGCACUGCAGCUCUUCCUAUUGGUCAGGGGCCUAAACAAGGUACAGGUCAUCCAAAGGGAGGGGCUAAAGACCCAGUACCUCCUGCUGAUUGGCUACGGGACUCCCUUAAUUGUGGUAGGCGUGUCAGCAGGAUUAUUUCCAUCUGGAUACGGUAGUGCGACGAUGUGCUGGCUGAGUAUGGAACAUGGAUUUUUAUGGAGUUUUUUGGGUCCCAUGUGCAUGAUAAUCGGUAUUAACUGUCUGUUGUUCGGCAUCAUGCUCUGGAAUCUCCGUCUUACUUUGACCAACAUGAAGAGCGAUGUCUCCCAAGCCAAGGACACUAGACUGAUCAUAUUCAAAAUCCUCGCCCAGUGCAUCAUACUGGGCGUUGCCUGGCUACUGGGCUUUUGGCAGAAUAGCCUCCUCGCACAGUACCUCUUCAUCAUCCUCAGCUCGCAACAGGGAACCUUCAUCUUCAUCGUUCACUGUUUGUUCAACAGAGAGGUGCGUGAGGAGUAUGUGAGGUGGUUUUCACUUCUGUGUAGAGUGGAGUCCACUCACAGCCGACGCCCGUCGGUCUGCGAAGACACGCUUGACGAGAGGUCUGAACCAUCCGCUGACGAAUGAGGAGGGGGGGGGAGACGGUGCCGUCAUCAAACACCAACACGGCAGGCAGGAGGGACGUGAACUUUGUGUUGCAGUGGGAAGAUAUUAACUGCUCUGUACAGAGAGUCUCCACUGAAAAGAGGCUCUGUUCAUCUGUGGGAAACUACAGCAGUUAUGAUUAGAUGCUUAACCUGCUUAUUCCUUUUAAAAUAUAUACUUUUGGUGCUUUUCAUGAGAGGGCUGACUUAAGGUAUGUUAAUAAUGCUGAUUAUGACUUUGCAUAAUAUUUUGAUUUAAAGCAUUUAUUAUUAUUGCCAUUGGAUUGUAUAUGCUCUGUCAGCUAUUGUUUGUU